AUGGCUGCCACAAGGCGAAUGUCUUCUGCUCCGUCAAUAUCUGCAGCUACAAGAUGUUAUCGCCGGCAAGGAAAUAUCAGAUGCAUACGGCAUUUUUCCCACACAUCACUUACGGAACCAUGUAUGGAUCGCCAUGCAAGAGCUGUUGAGUGCAUUUCUUCGAACGUGCGAAAAUUCUACGAGAGAAAAGAAAAAUUUCGUAUCUUUCACGGCUCAACGAAUAGCACGCGGCAGUCAGCUGGCAAAGGCACGAACAUUGUGGAUACGAGCGCCCUGUCGAACGUUCUCAAGGUUGAUACAGUCACCCAGACCGCAUUGGUAGAACCAAACGUACCUAUGGAUCGCUUGGUAGAAGAGACAAUGAAGUAUGGCUUGGUCCCACCCGUUGUCAUGGAGUUUCCUGGAAUCACGGUAGGUGGCGGCUAUGCAGGGACGUCUGGCGAAAGCAGUUCCUUCAAGCAUGGGUUUUUCAAUCGCACCAUCAAUCAUGUUGAGAUGGUACUAGCCAACGGUGAUGUGGUCACCUGCUCAGAUAACGAGAAGCCUGAUUUGUUCCAUGGCGCAGCUGGUGCAGUCGGGACUCUCGGCGUGAACACAUUAGUCGAGCUUCGGCUCACGAAGGCGAAGAAGUACGUUGAAACAACCUACCAUCCCGUAUCGAGCAUGUCCGAAGCAAUAGAAAAGAUUGAAGAGGUCACUUUAGAUCCCACUUUAGGCUACGUUGACGGGAUACUGUUUUCGAAAAGCGAAGGCGUCAUCAUAACAGGCCGUUCGACAGAUAAACCGAAGGAUGGAAUUUCGGUACAGCGUUUCAGCGAUGCUCAGGACUCCUGGUUUUACCUGCACGCAAGGGACAACGUCAGAAAGAGGAUGGGCCCUAUAACAGAAGCCAUUCCGUUGGCUGAAUAUCUAUUCCGAUAUGACCGGGGCGGUUUUUGGGUGGGGGCUUCUGCAUUUGAGUACUUCAACAUGCCGUUCAAUGCUUUUACCCGUUGGUGGCUGGACGAUUUUUUACACACGCGGAUGAUGUAUACAGCGUUACAUGCUAGUGGACAAUCGAAGAGAUACAUGGUACAAGAUCUGGCAUUACCAUAUUCAACUGCCGAGAAGUUUGUUGAUUAUACUGAUAAGACAUUUGGGAUCUAUCCACUCUGGCUCUGUCCAUUACGGCAAAGUCCACAACCAACGAUGCAUCCUCACACGCACGAGACAGAAAAAGACGGAGUUACCCUGAAACCUAUGCUUAACAUCGGUCUCUGGGGUUAUGGACCUGCCCGGCAUGAUGAUUUCAUAAAGGCCAAUCGGGACCUAGAGCAUAAACUUCGAGAGCUGGGGGGCAUGAAAUGGUUGUAUGCACAUACGUACUAUGACGAAGAUGAGUUUUGGAAGAUGUACGAUAAAGAGUGGUACGACUCCUUGCGCAAGAAGUACGACGCGACCUCAUUACCAAGUGUGUACGAGAAGGUGAAGAUCAACGUCGAAGCCGAGCAGGGAGAAGACAAUGCAUCACUGGCGACCUCGAUUUUGAACACUUGGCCGAUCAGUGGAUUGUACGGUAUCAAGAAAGCAAUUGACAGCGGCACAUACCUUCAAGCUCGAUCGUCUGCGUGGAAGUCUAGAGAGCAUGCGGGCCACGUUAUCACGAGCAGAUGA